AUGAAGGGGUGGAAUUAUCUACUUGGGCUGCAUCCGCAGCAGCUGCGCCGAGCGCUGUUCGGUGCUGCUUUGUUACUGCGACUGUUGCUUUUGGGAUAUGGGGAGUGGCAAGAUUCUCACUUGGCCGUGAAGUUUACUGACAUCGAUUACAAGGUGUAUACCGAUGCUGCUGGACAUAUCUUAAAGGGUGGCUCGCCGUAUGAGCGGCAUACUUACAGAUAUUCCCCUUUGGUGGCGUACAUGUGUCUUCCAAACUUGUUGGGCUGUCCCUUUUUCGGAAAGCUGUUGUUUUGCUGCGUUGAUAUGGCGGUAGCCCUGCUAAUUGAGCAGGGGCUCUGGAGGAUAUACCUGCAGCGCCAGAAGCAGCAACAACAGCGGCAACAGCAGCAGAUAGGCAAGUCAUUCUAUUGGAGACAAUCUGAGCGCACUGGAGGGCCCACAGAUGGCUGUAACACCAGCGCCGCUCCCCUCAGCAGUAUCAGUACCAAAGGCAACACGUGCAGCAACGACGAGUAUCCUUUGCAUACAUUUUUGCUGCCUUGCUGCUGCUGGCUGUUUCACCCGGUUGUGGCUACCGUCAGUGCACGGGGGAACGCCGACUCUGUCCCGUGCCUCCUCGUGUUGCUGACAUUGGCUGCUGUUAGAGCCCAAAGGCUUCUCCUCUCCGCAGUCCUGUACGGGCUUGCGGUGCACCUCAAGGUUUACCCGGUGAUCUACGGGGUGCCCAUCCUCCUAUACAUGCAGCAGGGAUUGCUGGUGAGGCAGCUGUUGCGGCUGCCGCCUUUUUGA